AUGGAUGAAGAUGCUGAAGCUCUGAACAGACUCUGCCAAGAGACUUGGAAGACCCAAGAGACCUGCCAAGAGACCUGGCAGAGCCAAGAGACCUGCCAAGAGACCUGGCAGAGCCAAGAGACCUGCCAAGAGACCUGGCAGAGCAAGAGACCUGGCAGAGCCAAGAGACCUGCCAAGAGACCUGGCAGAGCCAAGAGACCUGCCAAGAGACCUGGCAGAGCAAGAGACCUGGCAGACCUGCCAAGAGACGUGGCAGAGCCAAGAGACCUGCCAAGAGACCUGGGAGAGCCCAGAGACCUGCUAAGAGACUUGGAAGAGACAAGAGACCUGCCAAGAGACGUGGCAGAGCCAAGAGACCUGCCAAGAGACCUGGGAGAGCCCAGAGACCUGCUAAGAGACUUGGAAGAGACAAGAGACCUGCCAAGAGACUUGGAAGAGCCCAGAGACCUGCCAAGAGAAUUGGCAGAGCCAAGAGACCUGCCAAGAGACCUGGCAGAGCCAAGAGACCUGGCAGGUUGCUCCACAAAGACGGAUACACAAUCCAAUGGGAGGAAUAAGUAUGCUCUUCAUACUUUUUGCUGUAACUUCCUGGAUACUACUGUUUUUAAAGCUUCAGUGGGCCAGGCGCAGCUUGCCACCUGGACCAAUUCCCUUUCCCUUCAUAGGAACCCUGUGGCAUUGGCCCUUGCCAUUGGAAAAGGCAUUAUGUUUUCCAACGGUCACUCAUGGAAGCAGCAAAGGCAUUUUGGACUAACCGUCCUGAGGAAACUGGGAGUGGGGAAAUCCGUCAUAGAGCUCCAAGUACAAGAGCAGGCCUCUCAACUGGUGGAGUACUUUGCCCUUCAGAAAGGUAAGCCACUGGACCCCUGGAAACACCUCUUGCAUUCAGUUUCCACUGUGAUCUCCACAGUAGUUUGGGGACAUGGCUUUUCCUCUGGAGAUGAAAAAUUGUACAAGCUGUUUCACCAUGUUGACAUUAUAAUAGAAUUCAUCACUCAUCCCUUUCACUUCCUUUAUUUCAUCCUUCCAAAAUGGAUACGUCGUUUAACAGGACCUCCGAGAAAACCUGUCAAUGCCCUAAAGGUUGCUGGUGCUAUUGCAAAGGAAGCGAUUAGCAGCCAUGAGAAGAGCAGGUGCUCAGAGGAUCCACAGGAUUUCAUAGACUUCUACCUGAAUCAAAUAGACAAGAGCAAAGAUAAUCCUAUGGCUACAUAUAGUAAAGACAACAUGGUACACAGUAUACUGGAGCUCUUUGGGGCAGGAGUAGACACCACAGCUACUACCUUGUACUGGGCAUUGUUAUAUAUGGCUGCUUACCCUAAUAUUCAAGCUAACGUCCAGAAGGAGCUGGAUGAUGUUUUGGGACCUUCUCGAAUAAUCUGCUAUGAUGACUGGAAAAAACUGCCUUAUACAUUCGCGGUGAUUCAUGAGGUCCAGCGUUAUAGUGCCAUCGUUCCCGUCACAUUCCGAAAAUGUACGAAGGAUACAGUCGUGCAAGGGUUUCUUAUUAAGAAGGACACUGGAGUGGUGGGCAAUUUAUAUUCUUCCUUGUAUGACGCUGAGCAGUGGGAGACCCCUCAUCGGUUCAACCCGCAUCACUUCCUGGAUGAGGAGGGCCAUUUUGUCAGCAAGGAAGCCUUUAUGCCCUUUUCAGCAGGGCACCGCAUAUGUCUGGGGGACCAGCUUGCGAAGAUAGAGCUCUUCAUUACUUUUGCCAGUCUUUUGCAGGCAUUGACGUUCCGAGCGCCUGAGGGUGUGCAAGGGAUCAACCUGAAGCGUCAGAUGAAAAACUUCGUUGCCCGGCCCCAGCCCUACACUAUUUGUGCUACUCCUCGCUGAGCAGAAAAGAAGCCCUCUUGGGGAACUUACCACUCUGGGCAUUUCUGCAUGCCCUUUAACCAAUGCAUUGCUUGCUCCCCAGAGCAGGGGCGGAGCGAGGGGAACUGUCCCCAAGGCACUUGUGUGCCCCGCACCCCUCCCACGCCUCCACUCGCCCCUGCUCCUGCCGCCACACAGGUGCGUGGCCAGGGCAUUGCAUUCCCCUGUCCCAUUGGCGCUACGCCACUGCCCCAGAGUAGCUCUGCAAAGUUUGCCUUUGUUUCCAUUCAGAAUGGCUAUCAUGAUCCUGUCUUGGUCAUUAGUCUUGAGGAUCUGGAUCUGAAAAUUGGGUGGCAAACCUCCCUCUAUUACGAUUGAUGUCCAGGCAACCAAGAUCCGUUUCUCUGGAGACAGCGACUUUUUGGGAAAGUGGGCCCUGCGGCGUAAUCCCUUGCGCCCUCUGCUUCCCAAACCAGACUCUACACAAAUCCCGCUUCUAAACCCAAGAACUGACCACCCUAUCUGGAAAUGAAGGGCACAUUUGAUAUUUUGCUUAUUUCUACCCUCCUCUAUUCAAUAAGUGAAAUGAAUCGGCUCCUAGAAAUUAUCCCAAUUUUUGCAACAUUGGCUUUCUUUGUUUUUGUUUUGACAAUUUCCAGUUCUAUUAAACCCAAACUCGAAAAAUACUGAUUUUUUUCCUGCCCAUAAGGGCUGGUGGGCAGUUUUGCAGAAUGACUACACUUCAUGGAAAUUGAAAAGUUUAACUAAAUUGCCAAUUCCAUGUCUAUGAAAAUCUGCUCUUUUUAAGCUCCAUGUAAGCAUUUUCUCUUGCAUACGUGUACUUCUAUUAAACA